AUGGAAGAGAUCAGUAUUUCCCCAUUUUCCUCUUCAUCCAGUGACGGCCGCACUGUGGCAACACCUUCAAGUGCCGAUAUAUCGCAUACAGAUGACCUGGGAUUGACUGUACCCUUGACACAAUAUCUUUUCGUCAGGCUUUUCCAACUUGGGAUUCGUACUGUACAUGGGGUUCCGGGCGACUUCAAUCUCACCUCCCUUGACUAUCUUGAAACUUGCGGACUCAAAUGGUCAGGCAACGCAGCGGAAUUGACUGCAGGAUACGCAGCUGAUGGCUAUGCGAGAAUAAAAGGCAUCAGUGCUCUCAUGACUGUUUUUGGUGUUGGUGAACUGUCAGCCAUCAAUGCGAUUGCUGGGUCAUUUGCUGAAAAAGUUCCUGUUGUUCAUAUUGUUGGAACGCCUACCACUACUGCCCAGGAUGAAGGUAAGAUCAUACACCAUUCUCUUGGGGGAGGCAACUGCAGGAUCGUUGCCAAUAUGUAUCAGAACUUUACUAUUGCGCAAGCAAACCUCCGCGAUGCCAUAACGAGCCCCACUCUCAUCGAUCUGACCUUACAAAAAUGUGUCGAGAAAAGCCUUCCUGUUUAUAUCGAGCUGCCUCUAGAUAUGGUUCAUGUCCCAGUUUCUGCUGCGGGACUCGGAAAACCUAUACUUAACAGCUUACUAGCUGAUGAGGACCAGGAACUGGAGGCUCUAGUUGUCAAGCUCGAGUUAGAGGAUUUUGUCGUCAACAGUAUACUGCAACGGCUGUAUGAGUGUAGACAGCCAGUUGUUGUUGUUGAUGGUUUCACAGAAAGGUUUGGCGUCGCGGACGAGGUCAAUCAAUUUCUGAAAACCAGCCGUCUCUUAGCGUUCGCCACUCCUUUCGGCCAAGGAAUCAUCGACACGAGCUAUCCUCACUAUCAUGGUGUUUACAACGGCCCUGCUGGAUCCAAAACUCUAGAGACGUGGUUCAAAGAGUGCGACUUAGUUAUACACAUUGCACCCUUGAAGUCCGAUACGAACACAUACGGCUUCAACACAUUAGCUUCCCCAACAACUACAAUUGAGCUUGACUUGCAGUACAUCUCUAUCUUCGGGGCUGAGUAUGGCGGAUUGAAAUUAAAAUCUCUUUUUAAAAGACUCUUGCAUCUACUGGACCCAUCUCGUCUUCCACCAAGCGCGCUACCGGAAGCUGUCGACUUUCCCCAAAGAUGCAAUCCUACAUUGGUAGCACAACUCUCGGGCCCUAUCGAUCAAUCUCACUUCUGGCCAACAAUUUCAUACAUGUUUAAGUCAAGUGACAUUGUGUUAGUGGACGCAGGAACUGCGUGGAGUGGCUCGGAAUAUUUCACGCUUCCUUCUAAAACAACUCUUAUCAAGUCUGGAAUUUGGAUGUCAAUUGGAUCUAUGCUGGGUGCAGGCGUCGGAGCUGCUCAGGCACAGCAUGAGAUGGUCCAAGAGGGCACUCGACCCGAAGGCCGAACAAUCAUAUUCGAAGGAGACGGGAGCUUUCAAAUGACUGCUCAAGCAAUCAGUGAUGCGAUCCGAAACCGACUCGAUCUCAUUUUGUUCGUCAUAAACAAUGACGGGUAUACGAUUGAGAGAGUGAUUCAUGGACCACAUGCAUACUAUAACUGCAUCCAGUCUUGGAGCUAUACAGAAGCCGCGAAGUUCUUUGGGGCCCCUGAAUGCGAUCCCGAAUAUCCAGUCCUGUCACAAAAAGUGACUACCUGGGAAGAGCUUAAGGAAAUUAUUCAGGGCCCACAGCUGCAGAGUGGGAAAGGCUUGAAUCUGGUGGAGGUUGUAAUGGAUAGGCAGGAUGCUCCGAAGUCAUUGACCGCAUUCAUCGAUCUCCAGCGGCCUUCAAAGAGGGCUUGA